AUGGAAGAUUUGGAAGAGGCUCCCCCAGAGGUACAUCAUUACAAUGAGCUCUAUGAAGUUCCUUGGGAUAUUCAAAACUAUUGGUCACAACGCCAUCGUAUUUUCUCCAAGUAUGACGAAGGCAUUUGGCUGACGGAUGAUGCUUGGUUUGGAGUGACCCCAGAGCCUGUUGCCAACAAGAUAGCACAAGAUAUCGCCGAGGCAGCUCCUGCUGGACGGAGCAUCUUGAUUGAUGCCUUUGCUGGCGCUGGUGGCAAUACUAUUGCAUUUGCAAAGACCGGUAGAUGGAAGCGGGUAUAUGCAAUUGAGAAAAAUCCAGCUGUUCUUAAAUGCGCCAAGCACAAUGCGAAGAUCUACGGAGUAGACCAGCAGAUCACUUGGUUCGAGGGUGACUGCUUCGAAAUCCUCAAGAACCAACUCAAGGACCUUGCACCCUACAGCAUUAUCUUUGCAAGUCCUCCAUGGGGAGGUCCUGGGUACAGGUCCGAUGAAGUCUUCAACCUGCGCACUAUGGAACCAUAUUCUCUCGAGGUUCUAUACAAAGAGUAUUCUGCAUUCACCAAACACUUUGCCUUGUUUUUACCACGAACCUCUGAUCUGCAACAAAUAGCGAAAUAUGUUCCUGAUGGAUUCCAAGCUCCAGUGAUACAUUACUGUAUGGAAGGACACAGCAAGGCAUUAUGUGUGUUCUAUGGCGAUUUUAACAUGUCAUAG